AUGGCGGCGGCGGCGGCGGCGGCGGCGGCAGCGGCGGCGGCGGCGGUGGCGGCCCAGAGGCCGGAGGCCGUGAGUCCGCAGUGGGCGCCGCCUGGACACGAGCGGGCCCGGGCUGCGGCCGGGCUGGGCGACUGCGAGGACGCACCGGUCCGGCCGCUGUGCAAGCCCCGCGGCAUCUGCUCGCGCGCCUACUUCCUGGUGCUGAUGGUGUUCGUGCAUCUGUACCUGGGCAACGUGCUGGCGCUGCUGCUCUUCGUGCACUACAGCAACGGCGACGAGAGCAGCGACCCCGGGCCCCAGCGCCGCGCCCAGGGUCCCGGGCCCGCGGCGACCCUAGGUCCCCUCACCCGGCUCGAGGGCAUCAAGGUGGGGCACGAGCGGAAGGUCCAGCUGGUCGCCAACAGGGAUCACUUCAUCCGAACCCUCAGCCUCAAGCCGCUGCUCUUUGAAAUCCCUGGCUUCCUGAGUGAUGAGGAGUGUCGGCUCAUCAUCCACCUGGCUCAGAUGAAGGGGUUACAGCGCAGCCAGAUUCUGCCCACUGAAGAAUACGAGGAGGCAUUGGGCACAAUGCAGGUCAGCCAGCUGGACCUCUUCCAGCUGCUGGACCAGAACCGUGAUGGUCGCCUGCAGCUCCGUGAGGUCCUGGCCCAGACUCGCCUGGGAAAUGGACGGUGGAUGACUCCAGAGAACAUUCAGGAGAUGUACUCUGCGAUCAAGGCUGACCCUGAUGGUGAUGGAGUGCUGAGCCUGCAGGAGUUCUCCGACAUGGACCUUCGGGACUUCCACAAGUACAUGAGGAGCCACAAGGCGGCAUCCAGCGAGCUGGUGCGGAACAGCCACCACACGUGGCUCUACCAGGGUGAAGGUGCCCACCACAUCAUGCGUGCCAUCCGCCAGAGGGUGCUACGCCUCACCCGCCUGUCACCUGAAAUCGUGGAGCUCAGCGAGCCACUGCAAGUUGUGCGGUAUGGAGAGGGAGGCCACUACCAUGCCCAUGUGGACAGCGGGCCUGUGUACCCAGAGACCAUCUGCUCCCAUACCAAGCUGGUAGCCAAUGAGUCUGUACCCUUCGAGACCUCCUGCCGCUACAUGACAGUGCUGUUUUAUUUGAACAACGUCACCGGUGGGGGCGAGACUGUCUUCCCUGUAGCAGACAACAGAACCUACGAUGAAAUGAGUCUGAUUCAGGAUGAUGUUGAUCUCCGUGACACUCGGAGGCACUGUGACAAGGGGAACCUGCGUGUCAAGCCCCGGCAGGGCACAGCAGUCUUCUGGUACAACUACCUGCCUGAUGGACAAGGUUGGGUGGGCGACGUGGACGACUACUCGCUGCACGGGGGCUGCCUGGUCACAAGCGGCACUAAGUGGAUCGCCAACAACUGGAUCAAUGUGGACCCCAGCCGGGCGCGGCAGGCGCUAUUCCAGCAGGAGAUGGCGCGCCUGGCCCGCGAAGGUGGCACCGACUCCCAGCCAGAGUGGGCCCUGGACCGGGCCUACCGCGACGCGCGUGUGGAGCUCUGACGGGAGCGUCGGCCUCAGCCCCAGCCCCAGGCCGCCCGCCGUCCCCCUGUCCAGAUGCCGGCCAAAGGCCUGGCCGAUGUCUUGCCCCAUCCCCGCCUCCAACCGCGGUUAGGGCACAGUUCCUACAUUCGUGUUAUUUAUUGUGUAUAGACCCAUGCUGCCCCCUCAAAUAAAACUACACGGCUUUGAGCCGCGGGGCCGAGAAGCCGCAGGUCGGGUCGGGGGGAGGUAGAUUGGGCCCGUCGGUGCCCGCCGCAGCGCUCGGCGAGCGUCACGUCAGAGGGAGGGGCGAGGACGGUCUCGCCAAUGACAAGCUGGAUUUCGUGGGGCGAAGGGUCGUGAUUGGACAUUGGCAGCGGGCUACCCGGGGCUCCUCUACCUGUUGCUAAGGCCGCCGCAGACCGGCUCUGCUGCGCGCGAGGAAGGGUCGUCUCGCGAGAGCUCAGCUCCCUUCUUGGCCAAGGCAGCCGCUGCGGCUCGAGGACAGUCAUGGACGCUCACGAGGACUACGUUUGGCCGCGGGCAACCUCGGAGCUCAUACUCCUCCCGGGUCACGGGUCUGGAGUGCGUGGGGGAUCGGCCUGUUGGGCGGGUGAGGUUUGGUGCGAGGCGCGCGCUAGCGAAGAAACCGGCGCAUCGCAUGGGGCGGGACCAUGAGAACAAAGGGAUGCCCCCAAAGAGGAGGGACGGGCGGCGGGAUGAAAGCCCGAUCGAGCUGGGCGGGGAGCCAGGAGAUGGCGGGCUGGAGGCCCGGCCAGAGGAGCCCCAGAGACAAAAAAAACGAUGUGGCUGUCGAGUUCCUUCACAAUCUGCAGCUGACGUGGAAAGGGCGGUGGGGCCGCGGGAAAA